AUGAAGCCUGCCGGCAAACAGUUCUAUCUCUCGGUGUUUGCCCUCUGGGCUGCACCAGCACUUUGUGCAGAGCCUGACGAUUGUCCCGUAUCUUCCAAGGCAAUUGUCCAGGACGCUUGCGCCUCCUACUUGACUCUUGAAAAGCUAAACGUUCGCGUAAAACCAGCCAUCGACGACCUCACCCAGACGACCGACUUCUUCUCCCACUAUAGAUUAAACCUCUUCAACAAAGUGUGCCCUUUUUGGGAUGAUCAGAACGGCUUCUGCGGCAACAUAGGCUGCGCCGUAGAAACGCUCGACAACGAAGCCGACGUGCCCGAGGUUUGGAGGGCAAAGGAACUUAGCAAGCUCGAAGGCCCGCUAGCAAAGCACCCGGGUGGCACGGCAAAGAAGGAAAAGCGACCUCUGCACGGAGCACUGGGCGACAACGUGGGCGAAAGCUGCGUCUUUGAAUACGAUGACGAAUGCGACGACAGAGACUACUGUGUCCCCGAGGACGAGAGCGCGUCGGCCAAGGGUGACUAUGUCAGCCUUUUGCGCAACCCCGAACGAUUUACCGGCUAUACUGGUGAGGGUGCCUGGCAGGUCUGGGAUGCCAUUUACCGCGAAAACUGCUUCUCCAAGAGCUCGUUCCCAAAAUCUGCCAACCUGGGCAUGUCCAGCUGGCCGCAAGGCCCUGCUGUGCAGGACUUUAAGCAGAUGAUGGACGCCGCAGGCCGCCAGGCCCAACUCCAGCAGCAGCGUCUUUCGAACCCCAAAACACCCUUUGUGGCCAGUACUGGCUUCGAGGUGGAUGAUGAGUGUUUGGAGAAGCGAGUCUUUUAUAGAGUAGUCUCGGGUAUGCAUGCUAGUAUCAGCGCGCAUCUCUGCUGGGACUACUUGAACCAGACGACUGGCGAGUGGCAGCCCAACCUUGCCUGCUACGAAACGCGCCUGGAUAAGCACCCGGAGCGCAUUAGCAACCUGUACUUUAACUACGCCCUUGUUACGCGAGCCGUGGCCAAACUCGGCCCAUAUCUUCAAACCGACCAAUACCAGUUUUGCACAGGAGACCCCUCCGAAGAUGCUGCUACACGCGCCAAGGUACUCACAGUUACGCAGAAGGCUAGCAUCAUCCCUCAGAUCUUUGAUGAGAGCCUCAUGUUUGUUAAUGGCGAAGGUCCUUCGCUAAAGGAGGACUUCCGUAACCGCUUCCGCAACAUUAGCCGCCUUAUGGACUGCGUGGGCUGCGACAAGUGCCGCCUCUGGGGCAAGGUCCAGACCAACGGUUACGGAACCGCGCUCAAAGUGUUAUUCGAGUUUGACAACAACAGCGACGACAUCCCGGUUCUUAAGCGCACCGAGCUCGUAGCGCUCUUCAACACCUACGCUCGCCUCUCUGAGUCUCUUAGCACCAUCUCCCGUUUCCGCACGCUCAAGGACGAAAAGGCUGCUGCUGAGGCUGAAGCCAAGAAGAAGCCUGCCUUCCCUACCGACAAGCCCUACUAUCUCGUAGAAGUAGAUGAGAAUGCACCGGUAGUAGAAGAAGAAAAGGAGGAGGAGCUCUCGGAUGAUAUGAUUGCAUUAAUCAGAAUGCAAAAGUACGGAGCACAGACUGACGGCGUCAUGGCGGAAAUUCGCCAUGAACUGGGCAUGGUGGUUCUAGCGGCUAAGAUUGUGGCCACUGGUUGGAUGCGGGCACCUUUUGCAGUCCUCCGCAUUGCCCGCUACGAGAUCUGGCGAUUCUACCGUACUUGGAUCGGACUGCCUACUUUGCCUCGUCCAUGGAAGCUCAAGCUGCCCAACAUGGACCGGGACGACCUUUAG